UCCCAAGAGGCCAAGCCGCUGAGUUUGCUUGCUUCGCUGGAGUGAUUUUUGUUCAAUAUUCCUCCCAUAGCAAGUUAGCAACAGAAUAUUUGUGAUAGCAAAUGAAUAACUAAAUUAAAUAAAGUAAAAUUAGCGCGAUGCCGCAAUCCAAUAUCGAUCCGAUUUUGUUGAAGCAGAAGAAAGCAAUAGAGAGAUAGUUGGAGAAGCGAAGCCUUAUCUGCCCCAGCCUGCGUCCGUUGAAUGGAGCUUCCUGCAUUUACCAGCUUCGACGCAAUUUCUAAGGUUUCAUUAUUCCCAGUUUCUUCCAAACAAGUUUUGUAUAGAAACACUGUUCGUUGCCGGAACAUUGGGUUCCUCUGGUGUCGAAAUUCAAAAUCUUUUGCUGGAAUCACCAUGAGUUCAGACGAAUAUUCCUUCUCAAAUGAUUCUGGACUAAGACACAGCCUUGGAACAAAAUCUGGAGUUAUCGACGUGAUUAGCAUUGGCUGCAGGAAGGACGCAGUUCUAGAUUUCUGCUUGAAGUCGCCUUUUCAGUUAUCGUCGCUGCGAUUUUGGAAUACUGUUAUGAAGGAAUCUCAAGAGGUUCAAUUACAACUAAGGUCUUAUGAAGAAGACUCUCUUCCAAGAAUUGUCAAGGCUCCAUUGUUUAUCAAGUCAUGCUCAACGGCUAUUAUACUUGUAGCUAGCGCAGGAUAUGGAUCAGAUCACUCUGUUGUGGUCGAUAUUUUCAAAACAAUAAAGUCAUCAAAUGGAUUAACAGUUGCUAUUAUCUUGAAGCCGUUUGUCUUUGAAGGGUUGAGGCGACGAGAUGAGGUCAAAAAUUUGGUAGAGAAACUAAAGGAGAACACAGAUUUACUUAUUGAAAUUGAUACUGAUUCACUACUCAAAAAGGACUUGGUUACUCUAGAUGAAGCUAUGAAAACUGCAAAUGAUGCAGUUUUGUUGGCCAUUAAUGUCAUAUCUGUUCUCAAAUCAGAUAUGCACAGGAAACUUGUGGAUGGCUUGCGCAGUGGCAUCAAAGAAAUCAGUAUUUUGGAAAUUAAUGAAAUAUUUGCACGCUAUAAGGAAGCUAGAAUUGGAUUUGGAGCAGCAUAUAACAUGAAAACUUCCAUUCUACGGUCUUUGCUUGAUUGUCCUUUCCUUGGUGUUAGUUUGAAGGACUCAAAUGGCAUGGUUAUAUGCAAUCUCACAAGUUCAGUUCCUAUCAAUGAGAAUGAUACUGCUGCCUUUCUACAUACUUUCCGCCAAACAACAGAAUACACAAAGGACAUAAUAGUAUUUACAAACCAUGAGCCUAAUCUUGAGCCAAACCUCCUAAUCACUACUGUUCUUGCACUGGGCAGCAUAAAUGUGCAACAGUCUUCCCUGAGUGGUGGCAUGCUUUCUAGACUUGCCCGGCAUUUUCCUCUUUUCAGCUUUUGGGGAAAACAUCAACAGCAACCAGCUGACACUAGGAAAGAGAAUGAAUCUGAAAGUAUAUCUCUUUCUCAAGUCACUGAAUUGUAUGAAUUUAAUGAUGGGGAUAGAAUUGAUUCUGAUGUGAUAGAUGACAAGUUCAACAAGGACUUUGAAUCUUCAGAGCCACUAGUGAGUAACAAAACUACAAAGUCAAAUGCAUUGAGGUGUUCUGAACAAAACAGAGGAGAACAAUUUGACACAAGUUCUGAUUUUUCCAGCCUUUACGAUGAAAUUAUUAGAGGUGACCUUGCAUGUCAAAGGGAGAAACUCAUAAAUUGGAAUCUUGGUCCUGGAUAUGAGGUGGCACAAGAGUGGGCCAAAGAAAGGGCAGCUGAUGGUACUUCUUCGAUGGCUGAUAAUGUUAACAUCUUCAACCUUCCUGUUGGUGUAAGAUCUUCAGAACAGUUGAAAGACUGUUCAGAAGCUUCCAUGGCACAAGAGCCAGUGACUGAAAAUGAUGUCAACGUGCCUAAUAAAAGCAUGUCUUGGAGUGCAUUGACUGAUGCAGGUCUGGAAGCGGUGCUGGAUUUUGCAUCUACACUUUUAAAUGGAAAGUAUGCGAACAAAUCAAACAAGCAAGGGGUUCUUUCUGUUCGAGCAGCAUCAAUGCUGGAAGCAGAACGAGAUUCGUCAAAAAAAUGGAUCCCAAUUGUGGAAAUGCAAUAUAGAGGAGGUCAAUACAAGGGACGAUGCCAAGGAGGUCUACCUGAAGGGAAGGGGCGACUUGUCCUUGGAGAUGGAAGUAUAUAUGACGGCACAUGGCGCUAUGGUAAGAGAUCUGGUCCUGGGACUUUCUAUUUCAUCAAUGGCGACGUGUUCCAAGGAUCAUGGAGGGACGAUCUUAUGCACGGCAAGGGUUGGUUUUAUUUUCACACAGGGGAUAGGUGGUUUGCUAACUUUUGGAAGGGAAAGGCAAAUGGUGAAAGCCGUUUCUACACAAAGAAUGGGGACGCCUUCUUUGGCAGUUUUGAAGAUGGAUGGCGACAUGGGCAAUUUCUAUGCAUUAAUGCUAAAGGAAGAAGGUACAUUGAGGUCUGGGAAUAUGGUGUUAUUCUAGAAAGCAGGCAUUUAGACAAAGAUGAUGGAGAAGAGUGAACACUGCUUGAUCAGUUGAAUUUCUAUUGGCUUGUCUUAGCUGGUCCUAUGAUUUUUCCCCAUUAUGUAUAGUUGUUGAUAGUAUGCCCCCCUUCAGUUUGGGUCGUAGUCACUAUUCAAGAUACUGUGCUUGUAGUGGCUGAUCUUCUCAAUUUUAGUAUUUUAAUAUCGUAUGUUCUUGUUGACUCGUCAAAUUGACCAGCAAGCAAGAAUCAAUCAAUCAUCAAUCAAUUGUUAUA